AUGUUUACUAAUCAAUUUACUACAUUAUUUCAACUCAAAUUCAACUUGAUGUAUUUAUUAAUUUUGACUUUGAUUAAUUAUUUUUUGUGCAACAAACCUUUUGUGGUGUUAUUUUUGAGGUUUAUUGACUUUUAUUUACUUGCUGAACUUUUACUGCUUGCGGGUUUUACAGGUUUUUAUUUUUUUUUAAUUUAAAAUUUUUUUCUUUAUUUUUCUUUUCGGUCUCAUUCCUUCUAUUUUCUGAAUUAUUUGGGCAUUCAUUAUUUUAUGAAAGGUUCCCCCUCUUUUCUCCCCUAAAAAAUUAUUUUCCCCUUUCAUUUAAAUUAGCUUCUCUCUCCCUCCUCAAUUCCUCAUUUUUCCGAUUUCCGUGCCGUAAAGCUCAAAUUUCAUCUCCCCCUACUUUGUUUCUUAUUUUGGGAGG